AAAACAUAAAAGUUUUGUUAACAUAAUACGUAUAUGAGUAGCUAUCAGUUGCGUUUUUGUGUAUGUGUGUGUGUGUUGAAAUUCCAGCAUUGUCCCUAAAUUUGGUGUUUGUAAAGCGCGUGUAACAGAGCGUGUGAAAUCACGAGAAAGUCUGAAAAAAACGCUCGAAAAAAAUGUGUGUGCGUGAAAUUUUAAUAUAGUAAAAAAAAAUAAAAAAUUGUAUAAAACAUAAAUUUUAUAUUUAAUAUUUUCACUUGUUUGUUGUAAAAUUUCACAAGCAAGAGUUUCUACAAAUUUUCUCCACCUUUUUUUAUGUGCAUAUCCGCUUUACUGUAUCCAAUUAAAAUAAAACUAAAAAAAUAAAACACACCGCAGUGAAAACACAAGAAGCGUGUGAAAAUCUGUAGCGCUACAUAAAGUGAGCGCCGUGGGAAAAUAAAGGAAAAAAACCUUAAAAUAGCUGGAGAAAAAAUAAAUCAAGCAACGCUACUUCAAAUAAAAAGUAAAAAAAAAAAAUAAAAAUAAAACAGUUGUAAGGUGUAGAGCCACCACGAAAUCGUCUGUCUGUCUUAUAGGCAAAAGGCAGACAGUCCAUACAAGCUAUAAGCAGGGCAGUUACACGGCCAGCCAGUUUUUAGUUAGCCAGUCAGCCAGCAAGGCAUUCGUUUAAAAUCUAAACGAACAGCAGACGUUGUCAGCGCAAAACGUCGGUAGUGGCAGUCGUCGACAGACAAACGUCAUUGUAUGGACUCGAAACAAGUUUUUAACCUUUUCGAACAGCGGCGAUAAGACGUUGACAGCGCUGCUUUGACUGCUCUCGCACAUUUUUUUUCUUGAUUUUUCUAUGCUAACGUGUGUGUGUGUGUGUGGCAAAUUAUACUAUGGUUAAAUAAAUACAAAAAGUGAAUUAUUGCUAUUUUUGUAGAGAAGAAGAAAAAGUCAAUUAAAUCAAGUACCGCAGACAGCGUUGCAUGGCUGAGUGUGCAGUGUGCUCGGUUGCAUCACAAGAAUACAAAUACAUACAUACAAUUCACACAGUAGUCGUUUCUUAUUUGUGUGGUAUGUGUUGUUGCUGGGCCAGUCAGCAGGCCAGCUGUUUAAUAGUGACUUUUGCAUGCUGUGUUUCAUCAUACGUUUUUCAUUUGUUUUUUUUUUUUUGUUCUCCUUGUACUACAAUGCAGUUUCUAAGUUUGUUACUGCGGUUACUUUACGACACUUGACUUAUACGUAUGUAAUUAUAUUUGUUACACGUUUACGAGUGCGGUAAUGUCAUAUCCUGUAGCAAAAUUAUCGAAUUUACACACUCAAGUGUGCUCUUUUGUACAAAUACUGAGACUAUUCCAAACGCUGUGCGCGAGUGUUUCAAGUUGUUAGACUGUUGUUAUAAUUACAUUUAGCUUUUCUUCUUCUGUUUUAUUUGUUGUCAACGCCACUCACUACUUGCGCUAGUCAAACAACUUUUGCUCUGGUGCUUUUUCGCGAUUUUGUUGCUGUGCUGUUGUGUCUUGCUUAAAGCACACAAUAAAAGUGUUUUUUCUUCGCGUUUUUUUAUUGCUGUAGCGUCAAUUGCUGAUAUUGCACUCGCUCGUAAAGUCACCAAAUGAAUAUUUGUGCUUGUUCAUACAACAUAAACCACUUACAAAAGCGAAAGAGAGGUUGUUGCAAAACAAACCCUUAAAAUUUAUUUGAAAACAAGCAAAUUGUGCAAGAACAACAACUCCAUUUUGGCUACGGUUACCGCCAAAGUAGCUGGAUUUACACUGUUUUACGCCGAAGGGAAUGGUAUAUUUCUUGGGGGAUUGGGGCAUGGGAGAUUCUGACUGUACGUCAUAUCAUCAACAUGUUCCAACAAUACAACAGACCAAUUUGCAUGCCCACAGCCACAGCCAACACCAACACCACCACCAUCAACAACAACAACAACAGCAGCAACAUGUACAGCAAAUACACGUGCAACAGCAGCAAAAUGAGCAGCAACGCCUUGAAUUGCAAUUACAAUUGCAACAACAACAGCAACAACAUAUUGGCGAAAUUGCACCUACAUUAGGUCAACUAUCGCCCAGACAAUUUGGCAGCGGCACACCAGAUGCUACACUAUUGCUCGGCAAUACACUCACAGCUGUUGUACAACAACAUCAUCAGCAACAGCAACAUUUAUUAACUAACUCACCGCAACAUGUGGCGAGCAGCACAUUGGUUACAGCCAAUUUACAACAAUUGUCUGUGAGCAGUAACAGCCGUAGUGGGGAUAGUCAAUGUUCGACCCCUAUAAAAUCGACAGUGAUUGAUGCUUUUGAUAAAACCGCCAGCUAUCAGCAAUUGCAGCAGCAGCAGCAACAACCUAUCCAACAGUUACAACAGCAGCAAUCGUUGCCAACACAAGCACAUCCGCUUGCCUCGGCGACAGCUGCUUUGCAUCAGUAUUUGGGUCGUCAACGUUCCGAUUCGUGUGCCGGUAAUGUUGGCAGCUGUACGAAUGCACCUACAACGCCGACUGCACCAGCGGAAUUUGGUGGUAAUAACAGCAGCAGCAGAGGAUCAACCGCAACAGCGAAUAAUUUCCUGCAGCCACAGCUGAGUAAGGAUCUGCUGGAAAGUGAGGAUGAAGUCGCACUGCAGCCGCUCUCCAAUCAGGUCGGUGGUCACACACGUCUUCUACUGUUGAAUCAAUCCACUGUCAUAAAGCCAUUGAAUUUGCGUGAAUUGGACUUCUAUCAAAACAUUCCGCACGAUGUACAGAAGUUUGUGCCCAAAUACAAAGGCGUGAUGCAAGCAACCACUAUGGGCGGUGCAAAAUUGGAAAAACGCUACUCGCCGAGUUUUCGCGAGGAGCCGGUGCGUAAAAUGAGCACCACAAAGCGGAAACGUGAUGAUGUACUAAGGAUGAAAGUUCAUAAGAAUGGAAAUGCUGCCGAUGUUAUAAAAAGUAUUUCGCAAUUAGACAACACAAAUAAGCAAUAUUUCCUGAUGCUCGAGAACAUCACUUCGCAGUUUCGUAAUCCAUGUAUAUUGGAUUUGAAAAUGGGCACACGCCAGCAUGGUGACGAUGCAUCGGCGGAGAAGCGCUCCAAGCAAAUGGCCAAGUGUGCCGCCAGCACGUCGGCAUCGUUGGGUGUACGCCUGUGUGGCAUGCAAACCUAUCAGGCCCAUAUCGAUCAAUAUGCCAAGCGCGACAAGUACUGGGGACGCGAGUUGGACGAGUGUGGCUUCAAGCAGGCGUUGCAUGACUUCUUCUACAAUGGCUAUCGUCUGCGUACGCGCGUUAUUAAGAAAAUCGUACAGCGCUUGCUGCAAUUGCGUCGCGUUAUCGAAAAGCAAUCCAGUUAUCGGUUCUACUCGUGUUCACUACUCAUUGUUUAUGAGGGCUAUGAGGAGAAUCCACAAGCGCAUCCCAUGGAUAUUGAGGAGUGGCUUACACCUACCACACCGAAGUCAGCUACAAAGUCCGCUACUUUUGACUAUCAUCCUGAUAACAGUAUUGAUGAUGAUGACGACGUAGUAGACGCCGAUGAUGAUGAUGACACUGCCGGUCAUGAUGGUGGCGAUGAGCUGGAAGCUCAUGAAACUGAGGAUGAUGAUCUGCAUAUGGUUGCAGCGGAUAGCGGUAAUGCUUCGGCGACUAAUAGCAGUACCGGCGGUGAUCCAUGCUGUUAUGAUGCUGAUGCCUCGAAUGACUCCACAAAUACAGUCGGUCUGAAUUUAAGCGCCACACGCCGCAAACGCGUUCUGACGGAGGCAACUCUGGCGCGAUCGCGUGGCUUCGUAGAGGUAGUAACACCGGUGCACGAUUAUGAUGAUGACUCAGCUGCAUCAGCAACUGGUGUCAACACUGUAUUAGAUGCAGUCUCAAUGCCACCACCAACAACAGUAGGUUUAAGUACAGAUAACAGUAAUGCGGUCCCCACCAGUGGCAGUAUGACUAAUCCGCCAUUCAUUCCAAUCUCCGAAGAAACAGUAUUUCUCGAUCCCGAGCCGCCAAUGCCUAGCGUUUCGACAUCAUCACCACACUCGGGCGAUUCAUGGAUGAACUACAGCAGCAAUAGCAGUGAUGAUUUCUCUGGACUCUCCGAGCAAAUCAAAGCGGUUACCAGUGGACGCCAGACGGGCGAUAAUAGUUCGGAUGAGGCCAGUUCUGAUUAUGAUAGCAGUAUAAUUGGUCAAACGGAGGUGAUGCUGAAGCGUUACAAAUCCCAACAAGAUUCCUUCGAUAUUUCGCCGUUGACACAAACAGCUGAGCUGCCGCUUAUGGCCACAACAACAACGACACCGCGUCUGCCAACUGCGCUUGCUUCAUCUGCGUGCUCCACACCACCGUUGCCACCGGUCAGUGUUGGAAAGCUGUCUACGUCCGUUGCCAACUCUUCACCCACCUCAUCGACAGCGUCAUCGCUGAAAUCAGUGCGCGGUGCAGUGAAACGUCUGCGUUGCAAAGACGCCGACGAUGAGGAUGAAGUGAAUGCCAGCGAUAAUAAGAAAGACGCUAUGUCGACCUCAUCGCAAGCGAAAAAAUCCACAACAACACUCAGUUUAAGUAGCGUGGUGACAGGCGUGGGUAGCAGCAGCAGCGCGGCACCAGUGUCCUCAACACCGACAUCCGUCAACGCAUCGCCUGUGAAAACGCCGCUCAUGACGCCGACCUCAACAACAUCCGGCACCGAGAGCACGGUCGAUAAAAUCAAGAAUACAUUACUCGCUGGCAUAGAGGAGAUACACAGCACGAGCAGCAGCGGUAACAACAACCACAGCAAUAAUAUAAACAAAAAGAAGGCCACCGCGACGCGUCUAACAUUGCAGCAUGCCUCCAAAUCACUGGACAUCGCCGGCUGUCAAGCGUCCGCAACUAGCGAGGAUGCGCGUUGCCUCGUAGAUGUGCGGCUCAUUGACUUUGCGCACACCGCAUUCGUGCCGCGCAACGGUGGCGGUCUAUUGCAACAGGCAGCCGCCAGCACACCCGUACAUCAUGGUCCGGAUGGUGGCUUUCUAACGGGGCUGGACAGCUUAAAUCGCUUACUCAGUGAUAUACUCACCGAAGAAGUUUGCGUAUAAGCAAAUGCGUGUAUCAACCCAGUGGUGUUUGGCCACGCUCGUGCAAAGCAAUAUGAAACAUGAUGCGAAAGUGCUAGGAAAGCGCUAGAAGCUUAUAAAACGCUUGAAGCGCAGACCUAACGCGUAUUUACCUUAUGCGGGAAAUACAAUACCAACAACAACAAUUACAAAUACAACGUAGUAGUAUAAAAGCGGCACCACCGCCACCAGCCUAGACGAAAACUAGCCCUCGUCAUGCCCCAAAAACCAUUGCAACAAUUGACUGAGUAUGCGGCGUGAAUGGAGAAUUUGUUAAAAAAAACUGCGAAACGUGUGUGAUGAAUGCCUGAAGGGAGCGUUUGAACAACUAAAUUUAAGUGUAAAAUAGAAAUUAAUAACUACUAAAUGUUUAUGGAGUAAUUGGAAACUGAGAACCGUGCAACCGAGAGAGAAAUAGAGUGAAAGGGAGUGAAAACUGAAGUGACACACGCACAGCGUUUGGCAGCAAUACAUAUACCUACAUACAUACACGUAAUAAGCUUUUUUAAAUUAAAUAACUAUUUUAAAGUGCGAUUGGCGUAGGGGCAUGCUAUACGAGGGCAACUAAACAGAAAUCGUAAAAAGAAAACAUUGGAAAGUGUAAUUAAAAAAUUAAAUUGUUUGCAAAAUGGCUAGACUAUAUAUAGCUGCUUAUUGCCAGCGUUUAAAUUUUUAUAAAACCACGCUAACAAGAAUCAAUAAUAAUAACAACAACAAAACAGUUACUAAAUGUAUAAUUUGGCAGCGUUUUAAGCAAAAAAAUGUCAAGCAAAAUACAAAUGUGUCUAAAAAAUUUAAUUUUUUAAUAACUAAAUUUUUACCAAGUGCACAAAAUGAUAUGGCAACAUAACACGAAAAAUAAAUACAACAUAAAUACACAUAAUAAAUGUCAACAUGUGAAAAAUCUUACUAACUAAACCAUAAAUAACGCAUAUUAAAUGGCAAAAUUAAAUUACUUGCAAACACCUAACGCCGCAAUUAAAUUUACUGUCAGCUGAGCGGGGCAAAAAGUUUACUUAAGCUGAAUUGCUAAAAUAUAACAUGAAAUUUGUAUUCGUUUAAAACGAGAGCGCUUGCUUUGUUAAAUCUAUGUACAUUGAUUGUUAGCGAUUAUUUCGCUAAACUCAAACUGCAGUUAGCUGUCAAAAUGUACCAUUUUCAUAUGAUAAAACAACAGAGCAACUAACAACAACCAAUUGUUAAGCAACAAAUACUUUGCACAAUAAAUGUCUUCCUCUCGUAAACUGGAAAUGGAUGUGUAAUAUUAGCGGAAAAUUAACAAAAAGUAAAAAAAUGUAUGUAAAUAUAGUUGUGUGCUAUUUUCAAUGGUUUUGUUAUAAUUUGCUAAUCUCAAAUAGCAGCAAAACUAGGCAAACGGUACAUUGUUUACUGAUAAUUGCAACUUCUCCAUAGAUGAGAAACUUGGAGAUGUGUCAUGCAAUAAUCAGGCACUUUGAUCACUUUCAUCACUUUGUGCAAUGAUUGUGUCUAUGAAAUUUGUUUAAUAAUCAAUUGCAGAUUAAAAAUAUGAAACUGCAUAAAUUUGGUUUGCAUUGUGAAAAAGUGAAACGAGAUUGCUCAGAUUUUUAGCACAUCUAUACUGAAAUUAAGAGUUUAACACCAGCUGUUUGCAAUGAAAUUAAUCUUCUCUUGCAAAAUUUAAAUUUUAGAAAAAAAAAACUAAAUUUUAUUAUAUCUAUUUUUCAUUAUUUUUUUAAACUGAAAACAACACUGAAGAAUUCAAUUUGUAAUUAAUACUACUUUUCUUUCACUACGCCGCCUUUUAUGUGGAAAACCAAAAUGAUUAAUAAACAAGUUAAAUAACUAAAAUAUACUAAUUGAUAACAAAAAAAUAAAUCAAAUAAAAUCUAUUGAAGUUAAAUAAAGUAAACUCAAUUAAAACAAAUUUCGGAAUGCGCAAGUACAGACGCAGCUUUCUAUAAUUGUGAUCAAUAAAAAAAUAGAAAAAGUUAAAGAAAUAUGUAAAAUAAAACAGUGGAAAAAUAAACAAAGCUGAAUUAGAUUACAAAAACAAAAGUAAAAUUAAUAUCAUCAUAAAAAGUUCUGAUUGACUAUAAAUAAAAUACAACAAAACAUUAAAUGCAACAACAAAUAUAAAAAACUAACAAAUAACAUGAAAUAAUUAAAUAACAUUUAUACAAAUAAUGCAAUAAUUAUAAUAAAUAGAUUGCAACAAAACUAAAAAAUUUAAAAUUCAUAAAUUUGCAUACAAUAAUAAAAUAAAAAAUCAAAAACUGAAAUAUUAAAUAUAUACUAAACAAAGUUUAGUGUUAUUUCGUUGAUUUUUAGUUAUUGCUAAAGACAGAUCUCAAAUUGGAAAAUCUUAAUUGCGCUAUUAUAUAGCCGAAUAAAAGAAUUUCGAAAAAUGAAUUAUAAAUUAUUAGUAAUAAAAAAAAAACAUAUUCAUUUUUUUUUUGCUUUUGACGCAUUAAACUUUAAAAUAAAUGUCAACAAAAUCCAUAAAAAUUAAACAAAAAAAAAAAUACAUUAAUACAAAUAUAAACAAAAUAGAGCCAACUUUGCAUACACACAUUAUUUAAAAAAAUUACAAAACUGAAAUAAAAAUGUUGAAAAAUAAAAACAGAAAUGUAUGUAAAAUAACAACAAAGUAAAAAAGUAAAGUUGUAAGAAAAACGCUUAAUUUGAACACAUUAAACGAUUAAACGUGCUACUUGUUAAUAAACAAUAUAAAGUUUACGUUGAAAAUAUUUAAGAUUUUUAGUUGAUUGUAUGACAAAUUUUACAUAAAGCAAAGACAUAAUAAUUAUUAAAGCAAGCUUCAUAAAGUUUACCAACAACAAGCAUGGAAAGCACAGCACAGUAUUUUUGCUUAAAACCAACCAAAUAAAAAUUAAAAAUUUUAAAAUAAAGUCUUAUGCAUUAUUACUUGUAUAAAAACAGGUACAUAAUAACGCCGAUAAAGCAACUUAAUGCUGAUUUUUGUUUGAGCUAAAGUGUGAGCAAAAAAAAAAUAAAAAUAACAUGAAAAAAGUGUAAAACUAGAUAAUGCGGUUGCAUUUACAAAUUAUGGUUUAAGCGCUAGUAAUAUAAUUACAAAAUUUUUAAAUUUAAUAUAUUUAUAGAAAAAAAACAAGACAAUUAACGAAAAAAGAAAACUAAAUUAAGUGAAAUGUAAUAAUUUUAAUUUAAAGUAUUUGUACAAACUAAAUAAAAAAACAAGCAAAUAAAUUUUAAAAAUAAAAAUAAAAAAGUAAAAUUCAAUUUAUUUGAUAGCAUACGCAGCCAUAAUUUGUAAAAGCAACAGCAUAUCUCUUACCAAAAAAAUAUAUAUAUAUAAUACUAAUGUAAAAAUAAUUUAAUUUAACGUUUCCUUACAAAAUAUAACUUUUUAAAAGUAAUAUAUAAAAUUUGUAUGCUACAUUAAUAUAUUAUUAUAAAGUAAGUUCAUUAAAAAUUGCUAUAAACUAUAAACAAAAACUAAAAGUAUUAAAAAAAUAAAAAGAAAAUGUUCAAAAAAAAUCUGCAAAACAAUUUAUGAAAAAAUACAAAAAGUAUGCCACACACACUUAUAAUAUAAUUUAUAAUAAUUGUACACUUUAACAAAGCAAGCACACUACUGUUGUUAAAAAAAAUACUUAAGUUACAAAGCUGCAUUAAGUAACAAAAUACUAUAAUAUUACUAUAAUACAAAUUUAGCGGUUAGUUAUAGACAUGUAGCUGUUGUGCGAAUGGAGAAAAAAAUCAAAAUUAUUAUGAUAUAUUCAAAAAUUUUAUUUUUUUUUUUUGUUAUUUCGUAAAUUUCUAAACUCACAUUAUUCCACAACACCAAACAAAAAAAUGUUUGAUUUCUAUUUAGCAUUUCGAAUUUCCAAUAUCGUGCUGUGUUUUAUUAACUAUUUUGUAUAAUAUUUUGUGUCAAAAUACCAAUUGCUGAUGACAUAUUAUUUUGCUUUUGUUUGUUAUUUCAAUUUUCAUGUGUGUGAAAUAAUUAAUGCAUGAACUAUUAAAGAAAAAAAAAAAACAAAAUGUGAAUAUUUUUUAACUACAAAACUGUGGUUAUUGUUAACAAAAAGAAAAAAAUUCUGAUAACAAAAUUGAAUUUCUAUUAUAUAGAUAUUUGUGCAUUAUAUGAUAACUAAUAGCGCACUACUACAUUGUUUCAAACCAGAAAAUAUAUAAAAUAUGAAAUAAUUAAAUUUAAUUAUUUUUAAUAGCUUUUGAUUGGAAGCGUAUAUAUAUAUGUUAAAAAAAAUUACACACACACAAAUCAUGCGCAUCAU